AUGCGCGAUAUAAGUACCUACUGGCCCCCCAGCGGCCGCGAGCUGUCCUGCACACGGGCCGUUAGCGCGGCCGCGAGCUGUCCUGCACACGGGCCGUUAGCGGUGUCCCCCUCGCACGCAUACGACAAGACAAGGACGGAUAGAGACAGAGCGUAUGCGCGAUAUAAGUACCUACUGGCCCCCCAGCGGCCGCGAGCUGUCCUGCACACGUGGCCGUUAGCGGUGUCCCCCUCGCACGCAUACGACAAGACAAGGACGGAUAGAGACAGAGCGUAUGCGCGAUAUAAGUACCUACUGGCCCCCCAGCGGCCGCGAGCUGUCCUGCACACGGGCCGU